UACACCUGAGGAAAUUAAGAAGGUAUGCUUCUUGUUUAGGCACUCCCUUGGUCGAAAUGUCCCAACUUGAUUGCUGAUCUCGCGAUUCCACACUUGUUUCUAGGCUUACCGACGCUUGGCACUGCGAUACCACCCUGACAAGAAUCCAGACAGCGCUGACACGUUUAAGAGCAUCAGUCUUGCUUAUGAGGUUCUUAGCGAUGAACAGAAACGACGUGUAUACGACCGCUAUGGAGAACUGGGUCUUCAAAUGAUGGAUACGGUGGCGAGCCCAUUGUUUGAUCCCGAGGUGGAAUCGAUGCUAUGCACAAUGCUGAGCUCUCUCGGACUCGGCUUUGCUCUAUUGAUCAUUUUUUUCGCCUUCUUGACCGUCCGCAUCGACGAAAUCGUAUCAUGGAGUUGGGCUGUCGUAUGGAUUCCCUUGUGGAUCAUUGAUGCCGUCGUAGGCCUCCUUGUCAUACGCUAUUUUAUACACUCGCUCAGCAAAGACGACAGCGACAACGGCCAUAACCACGACGACGAUGACGAUGACGAGGAAAUGGACGAAACAAAACGAGCAAAACGCAAAGCGGCGAGGCGCAGGCUUGGCAUCGCGCGACAGCUGGUCCUGGUUGUUUACUGGAUACUGUUUCUACUGUUUCAAAUCUUUAUCGUAUUGCGCCUCGACAAUCGCGUUGCGUGGUCGGCUGCAGUCAUCUUUGUACCGUACUUUAUCCUGGAGGGUAUCCAUUUUGUCCUCAAAUGCAUCGAGUUUGUUGUCACAGCAACGGCUGGUGUGCGCAUGGCUGCAUCCGAACACAAGACCCGGAUUCUGUUGACGCUGUUUUUCCAAACAUUCUGGUUCUUUGCUGUGCGUCUGGUGCAGUUUGUACUGAUUGCAACAAGGAUCGAUAACACUAUUACGUGCUCGUGGGGGGUUGUUUUUAUCCCGUUGUACUUGGUUGCCGUCAAGUAUGCGCUACAACUGGGAUGGAGCUAUGUUGUGUUCAGCCGGCUAUCGGCACAACCGGAAUUGCAGCAUCAAGGAAAAGUCACGGUCAUGCUCGGCGUGGUGGCACUUGUGGUCGUGGGUGUUCUGGCCUAUGCUUUGAUCGGUCUGCUGGCGAGAAGACUCGACGGUAGUUUUGUCAAGAUGUCGAAUGUGUUUGUCCCCAUUUUUAUUGCUCUGUCGUUCUUAUUCUGCUGUGCAGGAUGCUGUCUCCCUUGCAUGCUGAUGGUAUCGUCAGUGGCGGAUAUGGAGGACAUUGAACAGGAGCAGCGGCUAGUCGAUCCGAAUAAGCGCAUUACACAGUCGGGAGAAGCGUCAAUGUCGAGUACACUUUAGAGUUGAUACCACAGACUCACACAACACACCUGUGCAUCCGCCACACUUACACACACACACACAUUCCAUCAUCACUACUACUACUAUUAUUACUACAACUACUACUACUACUACUAUACUCUUACUGCAUAACUCAUCCCGUUUUUUCUUUCUACUAUUAUCUACAUAACUUAUCAUUUCGAUUGUAC